AUCUAUCGAUUAAUAGGUCACAACAGAAUGAAUUUCAACUUUUGUGAGUCGCUUUAAUAUAUGACUUCAGUUUCUAUUCAAAAACUUGUGUUCCCAACGCCUCAUUGACAAGCAUUUCCAGAAUCUUCUAGAACAACAAAAUUCGGAAGCUUGUUGUCCUGAUCUUGAAAGCAUAUAUGCAAACACCUUGCCUGCAUGAUGAUUGAAAUCUUGAAGCUUCUCUGGUUUAACAAACCAAAGAUGGUCAAUCAUCGUUUUGUUCAAGGCAGCAUAAUGGGGUUUGCCUAUUUUGUCUCUUCUUGAUCAAAAGAAACAAGUUCAGAUUCAAAUGUAAAUAUUAUAGUCAGUCUAUCUGCAGGAAGGCUCAGUUCAACUGUUCAAGGUUACCCAAAUUGUGUAGUCAAUGGCUAGGAAUUUUGCAGAAGCUGCGCCUUUACCUGCUAAAGAACAGCAUUCUAUUACGUUUGUGUAUCAGAUCAAACAACCUCAGAUAUGUCGAAGUGUGAUGGCGACAUGGAGCAAGGACCUCACUGACCAUUCUCUCUGCAUCAGCAUUGAAAACCCAGCACAGCAAAACCCGUACAAUUGCAAGAUCGACUCAAUAUUCAAACAAAACUGGGGGAAAAAGGGCCUAAAAACCUUGGAAAUUCAGGGGAAUCGAGUGGACAUAUUCUGGGAUUUCCGGCACGCGAAAUUCUCCAUAGACCCACAACUUCGUUCAGAUUACUACGUUGCCUUGGUGCACAGAAAGGAGACGCUUUUGUUCCUAGGAGAUUUAGAGAAAGAAGCUCAUGAAAGAACCAGGUCAAGACCAUGCCCAGAAGAAGCUGUAUUGCUGUACAAGAAAGAGAUCGUGUACGGGAAGAAGAUGUUCUGCACGAAAGCGAUGCUUCAGGAAGGCAAGAAGGAGCAUGAAAUUGUGAUAGAGACGUCACUUUCAGGGCCUGAAGAUCCAGAGAUGUGGGUGAGCAUAGAUGGGGUCGUGGCCAUGAGGAUCAUGAACCUGAAUUGGAGGUUCAGAGGGAACGAGACGGUGAUCGUGAACAACUUG